CGACGUGCAUGGCUUGGAUGAAUUUAUGCCACUUUAUGAAAUACCAUGUACAGUACUUUGCUUGUAAAGUUACGUCUAAUAUAAAUUAGUGAAAGUAGUCUUGUUUAUUCUAAUCAGUGAUAUAUUGUACAGUAAAGGAUAUACAUAUAGUGCUGCAGAAUGGCAACGUCACUCGCAGAACAAUUGAAAAAACUUAAAACUCCUCAAACUGGACUUUUGAUUCAACAGAAAAAGCGGGCCAGUUUAUUAUUUGACCCUAAGGAUGCUGCUGAGUUGGAUAGAGAGACAGUACUCAGUAUUGGACGAAGUGGUCUCCAAGAGUUAAUCAAACUAAAUAAUUUAUUUCGACAAUUUGAGGGUACGUUAUUUGCUCAAAGUUCUUUGAACUUGGAGAGAUCCGUUCAUGAUACAAAAAUUAACGAGCAAAUCAAUAGUCGUAUUGAAGAAUUUUGUAUUUUGUUGUCACCAUAUUUCUUACUGAAUACUGCACACAAGGCCUUGGAAUGGCUAAUACACAGAUUUCAUAUUCAGCAGUUCAACAGGGAUCACUUUCUAAUGCUUAUACUUCCUUACCAUGAGACACGAAUAUUUGUACGGGCAUUGCAGAUAGUGGAUGUAUCUGAACCAAGUGACAAAUGGCAUUGGUUAGCGCCAUUGCAAAAACCAGGUGUGCCUCUCUCCACGAUUACCCUUUUAAAUCGAGUAUCAUCCGAUAAUGCUUUUCUAAAAUUAAUAUGUACUCAUGUAAUUAAGGCAACACGAACGUAUUCCAAUCAAGCCAGUUGUUUGAAUACGCUUUAUGCCUUUUACACGACAACCCUGAUCGGCAUGAUUGAUCGCGUUUCAAACAUUACUGAAGUUCAAAUAACGCACAUACUGCCUUCUUUGAUACAAGGGUUGGCAAGUCCGAUAACUGAUUACGCAGCAAGUAGCUAUAUGAUUGUUGCAAAGUUGUUUACUAAAGUUCAGUUAAAUGACAAGACAGCAGAAGCCCUUAUGCUGAAGGCAUUUGAGAGAGCCGAAUUACACCGAGACGUGCUUUUGGUUCUGCUAGUCUUUUGUGAAUCACGAUCUAAUUCUCUGACAUUUAUUCCCGAGAAGUUUGUACAGCGAUUCUUGGAGCUCACCUGGUUUACAGAAGAUUUAGCAAAGAUUCAGUCUACUGGAGUUAAGGUGGCGCAACUAGUUCCCCUACUGCUGGAGGGUAUAAUCCGGUAUAUUUUGAAAGAUCCAAAUGAAACGGAAAAAAUCCAGACGAUGUUGAAGGACAUGUUCAAUCGUAUUAGCUUAAGCGACGAGGAAGUAGAUGCUAUAUUAAAGAAUUCGUUGAGGAAGGAUACCCUCUCGAAAAAAACUCCGCAGAAAGUAAAGGAUGUUCUUGCGGAACUCUAUCAGACAUUGGAGAUACGUUAUCCAGUUAGGUUCGACAACUAUCUAAAGAAUUUAAUGAGAUUCAGUGAGACGCAAAUAGGGGCAAGGAAGGCCCUUCAUUUUCUAAUGACCUGGCAUUCUGGAGCGCGAGAUGCAAAGGAAUCUCUGGAUAUUUUUAAUCGUCUGAAUCAUGUUAACGCGGAACAUCGGAUCGCUGGCUUGAUGGCUAUUGCCAAGGACGAGGUGCACAUCUCUGAGAGUUUUAAAGACACGAUCAACAAAUCAUUGCUUGCAAGGUUUAGCGACGAUGACGUCCGGGUUGUUCACGCAUUACUCAACAUAUCCACAAAUCGUUUGAAAAGUCUAUUUACUAUAGAUACCCUGACGGAAGAACUCAUGAUUCUUCUCUCGAAAUGCCAUAUAAGUUCGCGAAUGAUACUUCUGAAGCCGGCCUUAAAAAUAUUACUGGACCUUUGCGAAAAAGGGAACGAUACCAGUAUCUUCAUCGCCGCUCUUCCCUCUCUUUUUCCGAAGAACAAAGACGAAGUCAACAUAGCCAUACAAGUUCUCAAGUCAGACUUUGCCAAAAAUAAUAUGUAUAUGCAAAGAGUGUUGGAAGAUGCGGGAAAAUGUCCCAAUGCGGAAUCCAUAUCAUCGGCAGCUUUUCACAAUAUUCUCAAAUGGGAUUUGUUACCGCCGACGUCAAAUAUAUUGAGCACGAUGAAGCUUCAGUCUGCACAUGGGGAUGCCGCAUCCAUGUUCUUCAAUAUGAUCCUACUUGGUUCAGUAUGCAGGGUUCCGGUUGGUUCUUUGCAGCCGCUGGUCGCCAGAGAAGUCAUAGAAAUAGCGUCUCAAAUGAUUAAGCAGUAUCCACACGUGGAACCUCUACCAGGAUGCAAUCAGCUUAAUGGCGACAAAAUAGAAGCUGCCCUAGAAUUGACGUCGAGAGGUAUAUUGCCAUUACAAGUUGGCACUUACGUAAUGGAGAUGGUUCACAGACGUUUGGAUCUCAAUACAAAUCCAAAAUUGGAUUUUGAAGAUGAUCCUGAUCGCAGCGAACUGGUUUUACGGAUUCUAGAAAUAUUUUUUGACGGUAUGGCUAAUAAAGAAUGGCGCGAGCACUAUGCCUGGUGCUUGAAGAUCUUCUUCAGAAGGCACUUUUCUACCGUGGAAAACAUGCUUUGCUUCCUGUCUCAACUUUUCACGAAGCCCAUUUCACCUCAGACUUCACUUCACUGCAUACAAAUUUCGCUUUCACUGUUAAAUCGCAGCAAGUUCGUUCAGUGGAUUUUCAAUGAUAAAGUUUUCACGCCGAAUCUGUUGCUAGCACUGAGCAGUCAAAAUCUCGAAUGCAGAAAAGCAGCCGUUGAAAUACUCACGAAACUUUCGCAAACUUUCAAUAUUUCCAUGGAUGGAUUUUCGUCUCUACUUCACGAGCUUGCAGCCAGAAAAUCCGAAAUAACUAUUGAUCCUGAUCAGCUUUCUUUAGCUCUGUACACCUUACUCUCUCCGGAUUCGGACGUUCAGCAUCAUACCAGUGGAAAAUUGCGAAAUAAACUUCAGGAAGCCCGUACGCUAUUGCUUGAUAUAAUUGUUGAUAAAAAUACGCCAGUUUACAUAGUUUCACAAUUGUUAGACAUAUUGGCACAUGUGAAUGGACCAAGCAUUCUUGAACAGCUUGCACCUCUUGGACUGGAGCUUCUUCAGCGCCUGAAGAUUGAUCCCCAGAAAAAAUUCGCCGGCAACGCACUGAAGAAUAUCUUGGAGCACUUUAUUGGAAUCACAGCAAAGGCCUUGACUAACAAUAAAGUUUGGAAGCUUUUUGAAGAGAGUAUGAUGCAACAUGAUUCUCAAAUUUUUACGAAGAAGGGUUACCAACCGCCAAGCGUGAUACUGAUUAAACAGAUAGACGAAGUUUUCUUCGAUUCCGUCAGCAAAGUGGACCCACAGCUUUCGCGUAAGAUUUUGGCAAAACUGGUAGACGUAGUGACAGACUGUGAGAUUGGAAAUGUAGUCGCUGCCGGAAAUAGAGCAGUCAGAAGAAUUCGAAUCGACGCGCAGUUGGUCGUCGAUGAAUUGGAAAGAAUGGAGAAGGCAAGGGUUCCUGAUAACGCGGAUCAAAAUUCCGUGAAGAAGAUAAGAAUGGCCAGGAUGCAGCAGGCGAUGCCAAAUCCGGAAUUGUUCAACAGUCGAGAUUGGAAACGCGGCAUUACUCUUCUGGAAUUUAUUCAGCGAGCAGACAAUAUUGAAAGAGAGGAGUUGUUACUUCCGGUUCUGUUCGACCUUUUGAGAAUGUGUUUGGGAUUCGAGGAGCACAGCCCUCUGGAAUACACGAAUCAAUUGUUACUCUCAUCGAUUUAUCAUUUGGCUACAAAAUCAUUACCAAUUCCAGAUGCCCAUCUGCACGUGGAUCUGAUAGCGCAGUGCAUCAGAACCUCCAGGAACCCGCAAACCCAUCAUCACGCGCUUCUCCUACUGGUUGAACUGUUCAGGGUGGCGGACAUGGAAAGGGCCUUGCACAGUAUCAUGCCCAUAUUCACCUUUAUGGGCAGCUCGGUACUUCGGCAGGACGAUGCAUACUCGAUACAGAUCAUUUCAAAAACCAUCGAAACCAUCGUGCCAGUUGUCAAUGCAGCCAACAACGAAAGACACGCCUGUGAAAUACUGCGAGUAUUCAUCAGUUCGUUACCAGAUAUUCCAGAGCAUCGCAGAGUCCCACUGUUCGUGAAGCUUCUGCAGCUUCUCGAGAAUCAUCUGCAUCUAUUUUAUCUACUGACGUUCGAGAGUCACGUUCUAUCGCAAUGCAACGAAGGGGUGGACCAACAGAAAUCAUCAGAGCGACUGGAAUUCGCUUUGAGUAUAUCCCAUGAAUUCUCACCCCGGCAGCUCAUUGGCAUUUGCGUGAAAUUACUGGAAUUCAUGCGACUACUUCCGGUGGAAAUUGAGGAUGAACGUCGUAAACAACUUCCGGCAUUUCCUGGUAAACAUAUUUUCGACGUGAGUAACAAUUCCGCGAAACAACUGAGACACUACAAGUACACCCUGGUCCAGUUCUUGAGCGCGCUGCUCUCAGCCCCGGAAUUCGUCACUAGGGUUGCAUCCCUUGAUUCCUCGGAGAUCUCGGCUAUGAAUGAUAUAUUCGAUAAGCUAAUUGUCGAACUUGUAGUGCUUAUACAGAGCGCAUCAAAGAGCGCGGACAUUCACCUUGGGAAAUCUAAGGGGAAGUACUGGAAGGUACUGCUACAUCAUCUCUACGAUGUUCUCGACGUUGUCAAUGGACUCCUACCCAACAAGACAUUCAUAGCAAGUAUCAAGAGACUCUUGGCACACGAUAUAACAACCGUGCGCAGAAAAGCCUUGGAAUUGCUGAACGCGAGACUCCAGCAGAAGAAAUUUAACCAAUACGAUCAUGAGGACCUGCUGAGCACAAUAGACGCCAUUGUACGUAUAGUCGAGGAACAGGAUAAAACAAAAUCUUCGGAUUAUGAAGUGAUUCAACAAACGGCCCUGAUUAGCUUGAAGUUACUAGCCAAAUCGUUAGCCACGGACCAUCCAAACACAUUCAAACCCAUUUUGGAAUUGAGCACAGAACUCGUGAGGACACGGAAUGGUCCCGUCUUGGCAAGUGGAGUAUUGUGCGUUGCAGAAUUGUGCAGUGCGAUGCGCGUUCACGCGAUACAGUCCCUUAAUAAAUUUGUACCAGCCAUUUUGCGACUCCUUGAGAAACAGUGCAACCAGGAGGUGCCAGACUUGGUAGUCGUCAGCAUAGUUAGUGCCUUACAGAAAAUUGUUGAAUCCGUUGGGAAUUUCCUUUCCCUGUACUUGGAUCAGUUGCUGUUUGAACUCUCCAGACUGAACUCCCUUUACACGGACACGGAACAUCCAAAAAUCGAGCUGGUGGCUUCCCGUUUGAAGGCGACCGCUCAAAGGUUGUCCAACUGUAUUCCACUGAGGGUCUUACUACCAGCUGUGAGCAGAACAUACGACGCGUUUAUUUCGAAUAAAUCUUACGAAUGCGUGGGUCCUUUGAUGAGCGUCCUGGCCGAGUCCUUUGCAAAUAUUCAACCUGGAGAUCUGAACGCAGCUAUACAGGACCUUACCACCUUCUUCCUGAAGGUUCUACAGUUUCGAGAGGACUUCGCGAAGGACGAGCAUUCCAUGGAGAUAGACGAGGAAGGCGGAGACAUGUCCAGGGAUAUAAAAAGGAUCGAGGAAUGCGCUAGUAAGUCUUUGGUCGCACUGGUCUUGAAAUUGAGCGAGGCCACGUUCCGUCCACUCUACUACAAACUGUACGAUUGGGCCGCGAGGAAUCCUCAUCAAAAGCAGAGGAACAUUACGUUCUACAGACUUUCGGCGACCAUCGCCGAAUGUUUGAAAUCUCUGUUUGUACUGUUCGCCGGCCAGUUCCUGAACCACGCCGCCACUUUACUCGGCACCAAUAAUCUUGCCGUGACUGAGGAGUCCAAUGAAUUUCUCCUGGAAGACGAGGCUCACAGGGUGGAACUGAUCGAGGCCAUUCUUUUGACUUUACAUAGAGUAUUUACUUAUGAUGCACAUAAUUUUGUAAAUCAGGAAAGAUUCGAGACUCUGGCACAGCCGAUUAUAGACCAGAUCGAAAACACCAUGGGCACCGUCGAGGAAUAUGAAAGGAGAGCGAAGGACCUUCUGGUCCCAUGUGUUGCUUCCUUUGCCGGUGCAACGCCUGACGAUUCUUUGCACAAGCAGCUAGUCUACCAAAUUUUGUUGAAAACUAGGCAUAACAAAUCUCACGUCAGAAGUACUGCGCUGAGUGCACUGGUUGAAAUCGCAAGGAAACUCGGUGUGGACUUUAUGCCUCUUUUACCGGAAACGGUUCCCUUCCUGGCGGAACUUCUUGAGGACGAAGAUGAGGCGACGGAAAAGCAUGCGCAAAACGCUGUACGAACUUUAGAGGAGAUACUGGGUGAGCCGCUCCAAAAAUACUUUUAAUAUCGAACAGGCUCGAAUUACCAGUAGACCGGCUUAUGAAUAUAUUUCGAUAUAAUUUUUAUAAUAAAGAGAACAAUGUUUGUUAA